AUGGCGAUUACUCGACUCACAUCCAGCUCGCGACCCAUAUGGCCGCGACUUGCGAGCGAACCCCGAUGUCUCGAGGCUGCCAAAAGAAAUCCAGUCCUCACCAAGACAACGUGUCAACCAAGAGCCCAAUCGACCUCCACCAUUCACCAUGAAGCUCACCCUGUUCACCUCCACCCUUUUUUGGCAGUGACUGCGCUUGCCGCCAGCGAGAGUACCGACACCGACACCAAGACAGCCGAGGGUGCGUCCAUCCCCACGGCCAUUACCCAGAGCGAGGACUCCUGGGCGUCUGAAUUGUCUGCGGAGAUGGAAUCCCACACAUUGACUGGCUCCGCGGCUGCCGAGGCUUCUGCUAUUCAGAGCCGUCUGGAUCAGAUGAUGGGAAACUGGACUCAGACUCUGACGAUCACUACCACCAACUCCAACGGUAAGACUGUCACUGAGACCUCAAUUAUCGGUGGUGGCUCCUCUACCUCCACCACCGCUACUGGCACCAACUCGGAUACUACGGGCACCUCUACUUCCACUUCCACCUCAACUGCCUCUAGCACCAACGGCGCCCUUGCCCAAUCCACUCCUGUUGGCGUUGCUGCUGCUGGCAUGGUCGCUAUGAUCGCCGCUCUCGCUGCUCUUUAG